AUGAAGUUCUCUAACGCUGUUGUCUUACUUUCCGGUUCUGCUGUCGCUUUCGCUGCUGACGCCAUUUCCCAAAUUGGUGAUGGUCAAAUCCAAGCUGCCACUUCUACUGCUACUGCUACUAAGACUGUAGCUGCUGUUUCUCAAAUCACUGACGGCCAAGUCCAAGCUACUACCGCCACCGCUUCUUCCUCUUCUUCCUCUUCUUCCACCAAGGCUCAAUCUACCGUCGCUGCUGUUUCUCAAAUCACCGACGGUCAAGUUCAAGCUACUACCGCCACCGCUUCUUCCUCUUCCUCCUCUUCUUCCACCAAGGCUCAAUCCACCGUCGCUGCUGUUUCCCAAAUCACCGACGGUCAAGUCCAAGCUACUACCGCUACCAACGGUACCACCACCGCUGGUGUCUCCACUUACGAAGGUGCUGCUAUCAAGAAUGGUGUCUCCACCGGUGCUUUCGCCGCUUUAGCUGCCAUUGCUUUAUUGUAA